GCCAAUGAAGCUUUGAAAAUCGAAGACAAAGCUUUGCAAGACAAGACAAGACAGACAUGUGUACUGUCUGUAUGAUGAUACAUCAUGGCAUGCCGGAACUGUAGUCCUUCACAGUGAUUCAUGAUCUGUUUGCUUUUACUUUUAGAAGAUACUUUAGAAGAAGAUACUAGUAGUAGUACUAGUAGACAGGGAGUAGUAAAUACUCCCUGGUAGUAACUCCUUUGUUUGCAAAACGAGCAGCAGUUUCACUCCAAGUGAACCGCGUUCCAGUAAAAUGGAAUCAUCCGACAAGUUCAAGGCUGACAUCAAGAGGCUUUCGAAAGAUGAUCGAAGCUUCGCUGAGGGCAUUUUCAGACACAAAUGUCCGCGAAACCAGAAAAAAGGACUGAACUUGGAGCAAUGUAGGAAAGCCAUCGAGGAGUGCAAGCGAAAAAUUACAAUUCCACCAAGUGCAGUGUCUCGUCUCUAUGAUCUAUUUGCCGAUGUUGGUGAAGGACGAGAUACUGUCGACGCCAAUGAAUUUCUCGCGAUACUUUCACGCAUGUUGCAUGAUAGCGAUGCCGCCCGACGUCACAAGAACCGGAAGGCCUACGGGAUGAACACAUUUGAAGGUAGCGUAUCGAACUUCAAGCGCGUUGCCACCAACGUUGGUCACAAUGUUGGCACCUUUCUUGGUGUUCUUGAUAGUGCUGACGUGGAUCCCUCCUUGGAGAUCUUCCAGGAGCGGGAGAGGCGCCUGACUCAGAGGCGCACCAUGGACCGACGGCGGCCUCCGUCUGGCAUGGGAAAGCGACAAACCCUGCGACACAAGGCCAUGAAGAUAGUUCCCCGUCUACCCGGAUCUAAUAUUUUCGAGGCUGACUAUGACGAUGAUCCUGAGGAGCAACCAUUGGAACUUGGCGACGAUGACAUACCAGAGCAGGAAGUAUCGUUCAUGGGGGCCAGUCAUACUUCUGUCCCUGAACAUGCCUUAGGCCUGUCAUUUAAUGAGGGCGAGGAGCAAUCCAUGUUGAGUUUCAGAAGUACUGAAACCCCUAAAGCUAGCAACAGACGAUUCGCUCCUCCUCUACCUGGCCAAGACGAUGGUGCCCCUGCACUCCCCGGAAGAAAUGCUGGUGCCCCACCGUUGCCCGGGAGGGACGCAGGCGCUCCACCACUGCCUGGAAGGGACGCUGGUGCCCCACCACUGCCAGGACGGGAUGCUGGUGCCCCACCCCUGCCCGGACGGGAUGCCGGCGCUCCACCACUGCCCGGAAGGGACACUGGUGCACCGUCACUUCCUGGUCGGGGCACGCCUGCUCCACCACUGCCGGGUGAUAAUUCAUCUGGGCCGCCAUUACCCGGCCGGGACUCAGGUGCACCUGCUCUUCCUGGUCGUGAUGCCGGUGCACCUGCUCUUCCCAGCCGUGAUGGGAAAGCAGUGGGAGACUCGGCACCAGCCUUGCCAAGCAGAGGAAAAGUGGAUUUCAGCAAUGCACAGACUGACCCGUCCGCUCCCCCUCUGCCGGGCCGUGGUAGUGGUGGUGAUGGUGCAGAUGGUGUAGAUGUCAAUGUUGUCCCCUUGCCGAAGAGAGACUACGGCGAUAAGCAGGACUUCAUUGAGAGCCGCGAGGAGGCAUUGGCAUACUACCGGCGGCGUGCUGCAAAAGAAAAGAGCGGUGGUGGUGAGAAGAAGGACAAGAAAAGUGCCACCAAGGAAGCAGAAGAAUCGUUCAAGAAUGCAAGAACCAAGAGUGUCAAGGACCGCGUCAAGCAGAAGUUCAUGCGCAAGAAGGUGGAAACCAUGCCCGUCUUUUCACCGUGGAUGAUCUAUGUUCUCACUUACUCCCAGCUCAUUGUUCUUAUCAUCCUUGUCUAUCGUGGCAACUUUGAGAAGAUUGCAUUUAUCCCAAAGUUUGUAAACCAGAAUGUUUCAACCCUCACUGGUGGUUCUGGUUUUGAAACUGUGGGCUACUUUGAGCAAGUCAACUUUUGGAUAGGUCCGUCUGCGCUAAAACUGAUUCAACAUGGUGUCGUCUACUCGCCCUGUAUGCGCAAGGAUCACACUAUAAGUGCAAGGUAUCGCAAAAUGAAUGCAAUAGAUCGGCGACCUGAGGGGUGCUGUGUCAAAACCAUAUCCAACGUGGGUAGAGGUGUUUACACCACCGAUCGCAAGUGUUCAACGCUCUUCAUUCCGAGCACGUUCUAUCCAAAGCAUUGCGACCAGCUGCUCAAUCAGCGGGUGUUUGGCAACGAUCAUUCGGCAUGUUGCUAUGGACUUCUGGGCCAUUGCCAAAUGCUGACACGUCCCGACUGUGCCAAGCUGGGUGGCAAUUACCAUCGGAACCAGACUUGCCUGAAAGUUAACUGCCUGGAGGGUCUUUGUGGGUUUGGUGGUCUUCAGGCCUCCGCAGCCAUACCUUAUGAACCGGUCAGUUCGAACCAAUGGUGGCGCUUUUUCACCUCCCUCUUUGUCCACCAGGGCAUCAUCCAUGCAGUUUUGGUGUGCGCUGCUCAGCUCUACAUUGGUCGGCGUAUUGAGCGCUCAGCAGGCUGGCUUCGCAUCGGCUUGAUCUACAUAGUUUCGGGAAUGAUGAGCAAUGUGGCUGCUGGCUAUGCCAACCCGUACCAAAUCAUGACGGGUGCAAGCGGAGCGCUAUGUGGCUUGCUGGCUGUACUCUUUGUGGAGCUCUUCAACAUGUGGUCGCUGUUGAAGGAUCCUGUUAACGAGUUCACCAGUCUAUGCUUCUAUUUGAUAGUAGUGUUUAUCAUCGGUACGCUUCCCGGUCUCAAUAACUUUGCUCAUCUGGCGGGCUUCGUCUUUGGGCUACUCAUGUCUGUCCUGCUGUUGCCAUAUGUGUCCUUUGGCAAAUGGGCUAUUCGUCGCAAGCGUAUUAUCGCGGGUGUCUCCUUCACAUUACUGGUCAUCUUCAUCAUCACUCUCCUUCUCUUCUUCUCCCUCAUCCAGAGCAGUGAGUUCUGCACCGGGUGCCACCAUUUCAACUGCAUCGACUACGUGGCCAACUUGUGUGCUAAGUUCGUCCCCCCGUCAGCCUCCAGCUUUGUUCUGUACAGCCCGGCUGAGUCGCUUUUCUAUCAGAAUGCAUAGUGGAGUCUUACUAGCAAUUCAAAACGAAAUACAUAUUCAAGUGAUUAUUCACAGGCCCAAGCAGGCCAUGUUACAAAGGAGCAGUCGCUAAACUGGAUUGAAAUGGUCUAUUUUCGUUAUUCACCCCGCUGAGUUUAUUUGGCAAUAUGAUAUUUUCAUUCAAAGCUAGUUUUGAUGCUUUAUUUCUUCUCCCUGUAUUGCCUUGUGCAUAUUUCUAUUUCUCUAUCUGUGUUCCCAGUUGUGUUCCAUCAAUUUCAUCGCCACGAUAACAUGUAUUUACACAAAUGCACACAAAUGACAUUUCAUACCAUUCCUGCUUGUCAUAAAACUUACUUGAAGUAGUCUUGAUCGAUGAUUUGGGAGAUCCUUGACUACUAGUACUGUGGCUAGUAGUAGCAAGAGUACAUAAUUAUGUACUCUUGGUAGUAGUGCUUUCUCGCUUUCUUAGGCCUACAUGUUUCAUAUCUCGCAAGUAUGAUGUUUUCUUUCAAAGACAAUGUCCUGAGUGUGAUAUACUCCCCUCAACUAACAUGGCUGACUGUAUUAUCUUGAUUUUCUAUGCUGCGCAGGUAACAGGUAAUCCGGACGCACCCCAUUACAGUCCUGUUUAUUCUCCUUCUCUGUGAUCAAUGCAACAUCUUUUCUUUUCUUUUUUAAUACUGUUAUUUUCUGUUUUGUUUUGGUUCCGGGGAGGUGCUCCUGAUUGUCACUAACACCAUCUACAUGAUUGUAUAACCACACUAUGCCUUCGA